UCUACUACCAUCCGACAAUCUUCAGAGUUUGGCCAAGUUAAUUAACUCUUGCUUCCCAUUGUCACUCAAUCCAAUUAGCUUGAGUCCUACGUUAGGGUUUUUUGUAUUUUCCAAAUUUUCAAACAUGGCACCUCAUGGAGAGUCUAUUUCUGGCUCUAACUACUCUAGGGCCAACUACACCUCCAUGUCUAAACCACCAAGGCCUUCAUUCUCAUCCGAUAGCCUGAAAAGAACGAUGUCCGACAUCUCGUAUGAGCUAAGCAAAGAAGCCAACAUUGAUCAGGACCUGAAAUCCCUCCCGCCAAUAUCGGAGGUUGAAGAUGCAAAGUGUGAAUGCUGUGGCAUGAGUGAAGAGUGCACGCCCGAGUACAUAGACCGAGUGAGAGAUAAGUUCUUUGGGAAGUGGAUAUGCGGGUUGUGUUCUGAGGCAGUGAAAGAAGAGGUGGAGAAAAAUGGAGGAAAUAAAGAAGAGGCUUUAAAUUCACAUAUAAGUGCAUGUGUUAGGUUUAACAAGUAUAGUAGGGCGUAUCCAGUGUUGUUUCAAGCUGAGGCUAUGAGGGAGAUGUUGAAGAAGAGCAAGUUGGAGGGGAGAGUCAUGAGGGCUAAGUCGUUUAAUCCGAGAGACAAAGGAGAGCCAAAGGGGAAGAUUACUCGGAGUUCAAGCUGCAUUCCGGCGAUCACGAGGGAGAUGAACGAUCUCACCAUGGCUUGAUGAUGAGUUUCUAAAAGGCUAGCUAAGGCAUAUAAUAUCUGAUCAUGAUCUGGAGGACAUGGUUUUGUAUUUGUCAACCUGCUCUCCUCUUUUUUAUACGCUAAUCAUUAACUAGUACUAUAAAUUUCUUCUAAAUAAACUUAUUUAAUGGACCGACCUUCUCCUUCUGUUGGUUUUUGGGUUAGUCCAAUCCUUCCUAGCUAUCCUUGGGCUUUCCAAUGCUCCCUCUUGCAGUCACCCUCUAGGGUUUUCUUUCGCUGGUCAUAUAUUUUUCACUUCACACCAUACACGUACUUAUGCUAACCUACGGGGUUUUGGGGUUAAUUAAUUAGUACUAAAUGCUCCAUCACUGCCCUUUUCCUCCACGGUUUCAUUUUUCUUUUUCUUUAACCGAACAUGCUUAUUUGCUAUUUGAGUAUAAAUAAGAAGGCUUAGUUGUUAUUUUUUGUGAAGAGCUACUACCUUUUCGAUCCUCACUUUGAAUCCAACCUCAAGUCUUUGAUAUAUGUAAUUUUCAGUCCAGAUAUAUGUAUCGGAACCAUAUAUGUGCGCGCGCGUGCGGUUUUCAUUAAUAAUUUCGUGUGUUGUAUUCUUCUAGCUACUAUGGUUUGAGUUGUACAGUUUUCAUUGCCUCAACAAGAUUAGUUUGAAUGUAAGCGGUUCCAUUGAUCACUUGUGAAACUUUUUUGCUGUAAUUAGUAUCAUUUUGUAAGU